CGGGGCGGACAGGUGUCAGUCACAGCUCGCGGCCUGAGCUCGGUUCUCGGAUCGAUAGUGAAGGAUCCAGGCCGCAGCCCGCUGUUCGAGUCUCGUGUCGUCAUCGGGACGGCGGUUGCGGAAGUGGCCUCUCUGCGCUCCUGGCGGAGGAUGAGACCUGCCCGGUGACUUGAGGGAGACGGAGGAGGUGCGUAACGCACGAUCUGCACCUCAUAUAAACACUCAACAGGACCGGACCAGUGCGCUGCUCCGGACGAUGAGCGCGUGAGAUCCACUCUGAUUCCGGUUUCGGUUCAUUCGUGCCCGGAUCUUCUUUGGUCCCCCCUCAAAGUGGACCGGCCAGGACGCAGAGGGAUCCUGGAGCGAUGGGCGCCCUACAGUCCUUCCCUGGUCAGCCAGAGUAUGUUGAUCUGGCGGAAAAGACGGGCUUUUCCUUUGAACAGAUCGGAGUCCUGCAUAAGAGAUUCAAGCAACUGAGCCACAAUGAGAACACUCUACGGAGAGAUCACUUCAAUGAAAUCCCAGAUCUGGCGUGCAACCCCAUCCGUGCACAGAUCAUAGGGGCUUUCUUUGACAGAAGAAACUUUCACCAGAACGGCGAGGGGACAGUGGAGGAGAUCGGCUUCGAGGAGUUCCUCGUGGUCAUGUCUCAUUUCAGACCGCCUUCUCUGCACAUCACGGACGAGCAGCGCGAGGUCGUCAGGAAGGAGAAACUGAGAUUUCUGUUCAACAUGCACGACACUGACAACGACGGGACGAUCACCCUGGAGGAAUACAGACACGUGGUGGAGGAGCUGCUGUCUCGCAGCGGCGCACUGGGGAAAGAAACCGCCAAAAGCAUUGCUGAUGCCGCCAUGUUGGAGGUGGCCAGUAUCUCAAUGGGUCAUAUGGAGCCUGAUGAAUUCUAUGAGGGGAUCACGUUUGAACAUUUCCUCAAGUUGCUGAACGGCUUCGAGAUCGAAUCAAGAAUGAAUAUCCGCUUCUUGAAUAUGGACGCAACCACGCUGUGCAAGUGAGGUCGGUACAUGAAAAAGAUGCGGUGAAACAAACCGAGAAAGCAGAAUUAUGGUUUCAGCUGUAGCGUUAACUCUGAUAUACCUGUAGCUUCUGGCUUGCACUGAAUAUAUAUAUAUAUAUAUGCCUUACUCAUGUUUGACUACUAUGCAAAUCCAAAGACUUUAUGUAUUAUGCAGUUGUGUUUGAAGUAGUUUAUGUAUUUAUAUGAAAUACCAGGAUGAGCUUUAUAGAUGGGAGGAGGGGUGAACGAUGCACCUAUGAAACGCUGGACAAAGCAAUAAUAAUCAUAUAUUUGUGACUGGAUAACAGGCACCACAAACUAUGCAUGCAAAUAUCGACGCUUGAAAAGCCUCUAAAGAUGUCACUGCUGUAAAUCAAUAACUCAAUAAUCAGGGAUAUAACAGUGUGUCUGUCAAUGUGUCUGCAUGUGUUUAAUGAUAGUGAGACAGUAAAUACGAAAUGCAUUUCAUCAGUCACAAAUAUAGCACCUGGUGCAUGUUCUGCACUUUAUAUUUGCACAAUAAAAGAUUCCAUGAAACAGAUCUGAGUUCAGUUCAUGCUGUGUGCUUCUGGUAAACGGGAAACAGGAGUGCUGCGGUGCAAAAAGAAAUGCUUGAAGGACAUUUCUUCUAUAAGAAUAGCAGGUUUUAUAUAUUUUGUUUUAGCGUAAUUAAAUGUUAAACGUCCUUUCUGUUUCACCGUCCAAAUAUAAACGUUCCUUUUUAAAGUUUCACAUGACUAUUACUUGCAGAGAGUAAUUAGUUAGCUGAAAUUUGUGCAGAUCACACAAGAUUUUCCCAGAAACUGUUUAUGCACCAUGACAAUAAAUGACGUGUUGGAAUAAC